AUGGUAACCCGUCCCUCAACUGCGGCUCUUCCAAAGCCUGAUGGCAUCUCCUCGCUCCCCUCUUCCAAGCGUGAUAAGCAGAAGAUCAAGCACUCUUCCUUCGUCUCCAAGAUAGAAAAAUCAUCUGCCAAGACUCAAAAGCGAAGGCGACCCAACAACAAGCUGGUCGCAAACCUCGAGUCGCUCGCCGACGCGCUCCCAGAUGCUGCAACAGCCGGCGAGCUCGAAACGAGUCAGGCGCGCAUACUUCAGCCCAAGGUCAAGCUGGAGAGCAUGAAAAGGACAAAGGGCGCGAAGAAGAGGAAGGAAAAGCUGGACAAACUAGAGAAGGAGAGAUUCAACGCGAACCUGGCACAGCUAGUGCGUGGCACUGGCAACGCGACAUCGGGCGCUGAUGCAGUACAAGAUCGCUGGGCAGCACUCAAGAGCCAUGUGCAGAGUAACAUGGAGACCAAGCCCGAGUUCGCGCAACAACCAAGUCAAUGCUGGAACACGGUCAACAUCGUUCUGAGUGCCCAAAUCACCUGGUUUCCGAUGAAUAUCCUUGGGGCGAAAGGACUGCAGACAGCGUUGUGCUGUGUAAUGCAUCGCGGAAACCUUCCGAAGGAUUACUACCGCUUAAUCAUCGACGACUAUACCCACCGCUUGUUCUCUGCAAGACUUCCCAAUAUCUGCCUCUUUCUUCCGCUCGAUUUCGUCCCCAUCAUGAACCUUGCCGCAGUCCUCCCCUCCCCCAAAGCCUCCCUCUCUGUCCAGUCACUCCCCAUUCCCGCGCCAGCGUCAAAAGAACUCCUCAUCAAAGUCUCCACAAUAGGCCUCAAUGCCAUAGAAGCCAAGAUCGCAAAGCUAGCCGCCAUCCCCGUCGCUUAUCCUGCUAUCUUGGGCUCCUCUUACACUGGCACGGUUGAAGCGCUUGGUUCUGCAAUCACGAAUUACUGCAUCGGUGCACGCGUGUUGGUGAGCAAACGAUUUGGUACAACAGGAAAUCAAUAUAGUGCCUACCAGAGCUAUGUCCUUGCCGCAGCUGAGGAGAAGAUGGUUAUUCGGAUCCCUGAAGGAAGUGAUGAGGCGGUUCUAGCCAGUCUAGUUAUGAAUGCGAGUUGUGUUCCUGGACUGUUCUCUGGGCAGCUCGGGCUGCGGAGACCUGCUAAAGAGAUCCCAGCUGUAGGAACAGAAGAGAAAAAGAAGAUUCUGAUAUAUGGAGGCAGCUCGAGCUUUGGCCAGCUCUCUGUGCGAUAUCUUUGCCGCGCUGGGUAUGCGGUUACUACGACUGCUUCACCACGGCAUGUGAACCGUGUGUGUGAACUAGGCGUGGAUGAUGCAGUGGAUCAUACACUACCUUCUCAACAAGUUAUUCAGGAGCUGAAGGCGAGAGGGCCGUACGAAGUUGUUGUCGAUAUGAUAUCCACUCCACAAACCAUUCUCAUCACAAGCCAGGUUUUGAAAGCGCAGGGUGGUGGUAUACUUUACGCUACGCAGCCAUCUUUCGCGCCUGAGGACCUACCAGAUGGUGUACAAAGGGUGUUUAAAGCAUGGUCAGAACCGCUGUAUGAGCAAGAGAACGAGCGUCUACUUGAGUGGGUUAUCGAGGAGUAUCUCCCCUUUGGGAUACAGAAGGGAUGGAUUGUUGCACAGCCUGUUGACAGAGUGCAAGCUGGGCUGGCAGGUAUUGAUGGGGCGUUGGAAAACUUAUUAUCGAAUGCUGAAGGCAGUGGGAAGAGAUUCGUUGUGAAUGUGUAG